AUGAACCAAAUGGAAACACCUCAACUGAAGCCGUCAUUUGGUAACCAAACUGAGCUCCAAACAGUAAGGUUGACUUUCUAGUUCUGGACCAACUUCCAAUUUUAGUGUGUUCUAAACCCAGAACGCUCUGUUACUGCAAUAAAAUCGAUACAAAACUGCUAUCGAAUCGAAUCUUUCUCGGAACACGAAUAAAAUAUUUUGACGUUCAGUAAGCAUGCUGCUUGAAGGAAUUAGAGCGAGUUUAGUUCUGAUUGUAAUUUAUGCUACAAUACACGUGAAUGGGGAGACAGAACCCAUAGAUAUUAUUCCGUGCAAUGGCGACAUGGAGUUCAUACCUGGAGGCACCCCUGGAUCCUGCUACUCGAUGAUGCCAGUGCUUUGGGGCAAAAUGGACAACAGGAAUGCGAGAAUUUACUGUCUGAUGGAUAAUAACAAUGUCUUCUCCCUCCUCCCCACCCCUCAGACUCAUGGGGAGUUGCAGCGUCUAACCGAAUGGGCCAUCAGGCAGGGUUUGCCGAGGAGCAUUGACCCCAAUGACGACCCGGCCGGUUUCUGGCUCGGGUACUACCGUUUCCAACCAGCACCUCUGGAACAGCCGGGCGACCGCUACACUCCAGCUGUGAAAGCCAUUAGGACAGACAAGUCUUUGUUCUUCGAGCGGGACCGAAUCACAUUCGCGAUGCCGGACAUCUGGCGACUGGAGAACCAACCGGGGGAUAUGGAAGAUGAGCGGGACGAGAGAUGUGUUGCAAAGAAGAAGCCAGCCAAUCCCUAUUUUAUGGGGGCGGAUGAUUACGCUUGUGAUAAGCUGCAUUAUGUUGUCUGUGAGAGUCCUCUCUGGGCGCGUAAGGCGGGAGCCAUACUCCCUCCAUUGUGAUCACAAUCUGAUGCCAUGUUGAAUUUUGAAAAUUUUUGGAUAUCGUCUCUAAACUUUUGAAAUAGUUGUCCUCGAGCUAAAAUUAGCUCGAAAGUUUCAAUUUUGCGUUUGCUCAAAAAUCCAUGGCAGAUCGUGGAUGAGCUUGCAGUUGUGGGUUCAAAAUUUAAAAAGAGAAGUCUGAUAUAAUGCAAUCGUGUUGAAAUUUCUAAUGCAACUUUGAAAAUUCAGUUCAAACUUCGAAGCCAUUGCACUACUAAGGCCUGAAUGUUUUCUGUAGUUUGAGACGAUGUCCAACAAGUUUGUCAAAAAGUAUCAACCAGGAACUUUUAAACUCGGCCUUAAAGUAAAUUGUAAUAAACUUAUCGCGAAUUCGAUUUCACGUGACUUAACUCAAUGAAUUAUGGUUGAGAUCCAUUAAC